GGCCUCAUAUCCACACCAACCAAUUUUUGUCAAUUUAAAGAGCCCCCACUGCUGGGACCCGGUGCUGCUUUUCCACAAUUUGGCGCAGCUGAAUUCCAUCCCACCACACCGGAGAAUUGGAAGGGCGCAACCAUACAUACGACCGGACUGAUGAAGGAGCCAGCUGUAGUGCCGGGACGCAAUGCACCGGUCGCAUUCGCCGCACAGGGACAAGGACAGGAAAUUAUACCUUCUCUCCAGGGUGCUGUCAUGAUGGUUUAUGGCUUGGAUCACGACACAUCGAAUACAGAUAAAUUAUUCAAUUUGGUCUGCUUAUACGGCAAUGUUGCAAGGAUUAAAUUCCUGAAAACCAAAGAGGGCACCGCCAUGGUACAAAUGGGCGAUUCGGUCGCCGUCGAACGCUGUGUCCAACAUUUGAACAACAUUCCCGUCGGCAAUGGUGGCAAAAUCCAAAUUGCCUUCUCCAAACAGAAUUUCCUGUCCGAAGUUAUAAAUCCAUUUUUAUUACCCGAUCACACACCCAGUUUUAAGGAGUAUACCGGCUCAAAGAACAAUCGCUUCCUGUCGCCAGCACAGGCAAGCAAAAAUCGCAUACAACCACCGAGCAAGAUUCUGCACUUUUUCAACACACCGCCUGGCUUGACCGAAGACCAGCUUAUAGGCAUUUUCAAUAUCAAAGAAGUGCCCGCCACAUCGGUGCGAUUAUUCCCACUUAAAACGGAGCGUUCCUCAUCGGGUCUAAUUGAGUUUCCCAAUAUUUCACAGGCCGUUUUGGCCAUCAUGAAGUGCAACCAUCUGCCAAUCGAGGGAAAAGGUACCAAAUUCCCAUUCAUCAUGAAACUCUGCUUCUCAUCGUCGAAGAGCAUGAAUGGCGCUUGGAAUAAUGCCACCAAUGAGGGUAUGAUCGAGAAAGAGAAUGAAGCGGAAGUUAAAACGGCGGACGUAUAUAAUUGAGAUUUAAUACAAAUCCUCUAAGCUUAAAAAGCAACAACAAGAACACAACUAUCAACAUACAUAUAUAAAUAGAUGACACAACAUUGACAGCAAACAAGAUUACAUAAAAAAUAAAAAGCAAAUACAACAAUAAAAAGGUAUAAAACAAAAGCUAAUGCGGAAGACAGAGAUAGACACAGCGCUGCUAAAUGCUAAAUGGAAGAAAAAUUAUAAGAAGCAAGUAAGCGAAUGUUAUAUAAAAGGAGAAGAACGAGAGCAAGUGCAAGAAAAAGCGCGUAGUAAAUCUCUGAAAACUGCGUAGACUCUGUGAAAGCAAGCAGCGCAAAUGACUAAGAAUUUCGUUUUUCAUUUGGACAACACACCGCGGCAACAAUAACAAUAAUAACAACUACAAAACAAAGGCACUUUUUUUAGUAUAAUUCGUUGGUAUUCAAAUGAGACAAUUAUUAUUAUACAACUUAAUUUAAUUAUUAUUAUUAUUAUUAUUAUAUACUAUACUUAUGUAUGUAUACU